AUGCCCAAGUCCGAAGGCAAGAGCCACGCAGCCAGCGAGUUGCAGCUUGGCCUCAAGGACUCCAGCUUGGGACCCUAUGACCUCGAGUGGCUGCUUCCGAGAGUUGCGGACUUCGGCACUGAAGCCCCGGCUGUGCAGGCCGAGUGGAAGGCUGAUGCGGCACCGCCUCCACUGCAGCUGCUGAUACCUGAAAUGAUUUCUCUGGAAAGGCAGAUUCCUCAGAUCCUUUUCUUCACCGACUGCGCAGGCUUUUUGAGGGCCGCGCGGCGGCCAAUGAAGAAGGAGCCUCACAUAGUCUUCAACUGCAUCGUCGACCUCAGCAAGUCACGGCAGCAGAUGGACUGGAACAACUACCGUGAGGUGGAAUCGCAGCUUGAGAAGCUUGAGCGGACCGAGCGCCUGGAGAUCCCAAGCUCCCGGCGAGGUAGCCGAAGCAGCAGGGGUGACAGGAGCGACACAGACUUCAAAGGCCCCAAGAAGCCAGAUAAGAAACAUGUAUCAAUGGCGAAGGCCUCGGUAGUGAAGUCGCCGCUGGCCUUGCGAAAGACCCACUGGAGGUUUUGGGCUGGUGGUGCGGAGCGGUUGCUGGACACUGAUCAGGUUGGCAGUUGCUUCGAUGGUAGCCGUGAGUGGCCGAUGGGCGUCACGCUGCUGCAGGCCAGCUUCUGGACGGGCCAAGCAACGCCCAGAACGAAGUUCAUCACCUAUCACUACAAUGCUCUCCAAACCGAAGCUGCAGGAGCUGUGCACCACAGGCUUGCGGACAUCAUUGACAACCACUUCGAAAGAUACACAUUUCUAGAGUCUGUCAGAGAUCGGAAUAGGAUGUCAGCAGUGCCGACGCAGCUCGCCCAGCACCUCAGCUACUACUGCAACAUGGAGCUGGUGUCGGGAGAAUUCAUCUUCUACAAGGACCGGAAAUCACAGCUUUGGCUGGCCGACGCACAGAGCCUGAUGUUCGUGCCCAGCGUCAGCCGAUCCGCCAAUGCGUCCAAGGGCGGAGCUGGGGCGCAGGAGGCCCUGCCGCAGAAGAUGUUCAGGUACCUUUCUGAGGAGGCCCUGCAAAAUCUGAUGAUAGAUGAGCGAGAAGGGCCAAAGUACGAGCGGAUGUUUGAGCUGAUGAUGCAUGACUACCAGGCCAUGAAGGAAAAGUUCGGUGUCGACAGUAUGCUGCGGAAGGUGCAGCAGGAACUGGAUGUUAACGUGCCGGUUCUGGAAGGUACGGAUGUGGAAGCCUUGAGCCGCGCCUUCGACAUCAAGCCCGAACACUUGGGAGCCACCGCGCAGGCAGCGCCAAAGCGGCACUUUUGCGUUCCUCCAAAGGUGCAGUCUCACGUGGGGAAAUGCAGGUGGUUUUCCCGCUCUGCCGGGAGCCAGGUGCGCGCUGCAGCACAGAAAGUCCACCGCCACAACAGCCACAUGCAGGCCAUCAUUGACAAAGGCCGAGAAGCCGCAUGGCAAGACCCAGGCCCCUCCAUCAGCGCAGUGGCAGUGGCCAGUUCAUACACGGAUACCGGAGAGAUUUCACCUCGAGCUACUACAAGCAGAGCUGCAACUGACACUUUCAGACCCCAUGGUAGCAAGCGCUCAGUCAGGUCGAAGUUCUCUCAGUCUGAGGCAAAGACUGGAAAGACGUCCAAGAUUGAAAUCGUCACCACUGCCGUCGCCCAGGAGCUCCUUGUCGGCGCCGGCACCGGUGUCUGCCCAGAAGGUGAUACGAUGGACAUGCUACGGCCAUCCAUCAGCAAACCUGGCCAAGGCCUGCGCAUGACACGCAAGGCAGCGGUGCCUACGGCGCGGGCCGUUGUGGUUCCCGAGGGUGCUGCUCUUCAAGCUAUGGCUCGAUUGAAGGCGUCCCUUGAGAACGAGCAGAACGCACUCUUUGAGAAAUAUCGCGAGCAGUGGGAAGCUGAAAGCCGCGAAACCAAAGAGUCGCAGCCAGAAAAAGGGGCUCCCACCUCUCCCCGGGACAAGACUCUCAGACCUCGCGGCUCCAUGGUGGCCAGCGCCCUGAAUGACAACCCGCAAAUAAUACAUGGCCGCACUGGAAGCAAGGGCAGUGAGGAAGCCCAUGUAAAGCUUCCACUGGAUGAGUCCAUGGACAUGCCUUUGGACCACAAGUGCAGUUUGCUGGAAUGCUCCGCGGCAACUUGCUGGGUUCUGAAGGCAGGAAGCAAGUCCACACGCAAGCGGCCGGAGACACCAGACUCUUCCGACUAA